UAAACAAAAAUUAAGCUUUAGAAAAAAAUGGCAAUUCCUAAAUAUAUUUUUCUUUUAAUUAUUUGUGUUGGGACAACUUUGUUCUCCAUAGCUUUGGCUAUACCGGGGACAGCCUAUUAUACCAAUGAACAAUUUCCAUCAUCAGCAUGUUCCGUACCAUCAGGUAGUUUUGUAGCACGAGUGGCGUAUUUGGGGAGCACGAUUACAUGUGGCGAUACAUUAAAAGUCACAUGUAGCGGUACCACACCACCUUGCACCGGCAAGAGUAUUAUGGUAAAAGUUGUUGAUCAUUGCAACACGUGUCGCAAUGUAACCAUGGUUCUCUCUCAGGCCGCGAUUUCGAUCAUUGCUAAUCCGAUCGAUGUCAAGAGUGUCAUUC